AUGUCACUUUAUAAUGAAAUAAUACUUCCAAAUAUCCAAAAAAAUAAUUUUUUCUUAGCAUCAGUUGUUUUAAAUGCAUUUGAGACAAAAGCUACUACAUCCAGCAAAGAAAACUCAUUGCAGAUAAUCAAAAGAAUUUCAACUCAAUCAGAUCAAAUCAAGAGUUUUUUAAAAAAUAUUGGUAAAUCUUAUUUAGUAUUUGGAUGUGGUGCAUUAAUCAAUAUUGCUCAUUUAUUUGGAGCCAAUACAUUUAUUAAAGAUAAUGAUACAAGAUACAAAUUCCUUGUCACAAUAUACGAAAUUGAUUUUCCAAUUUUCAACUAUUUCUCAAGUUUGUUAUUUGUUGAACAAGAGUCACCAAAAGUAUCACUUUUUGAAAUUGUAAAAAAUAAACCAAAACAAACCAUUACAAACUUGGUAUAUUUUGUUGGUAUCAAUAUGAUUCAAAACCGUUUUGUAGAUUUUGUCAAUAAUUAUCUCACAGAAUACUUUGUGGACAAUUACCAAGAUCAUGAAAUGUCAGAUUCUAAAAGAUUACUUUUAAAAGCCAUCUAUUUAGUACUCUCAAACCAAAUCGCUUCCAUUGCCUUUAAUUCUGCCAUUUUUUCACCAUUUAUAAAUAUUUCAAACCAAUAUUGCAGAAAAUUAAUCAACUCAUCAACAAACGAAAAAGAUGAAAAAGAUUCAUUCGACUUUGUAAAAUCAAACCCAAUCUAUGUUAUAAAUGACCUCUUCAAAACCAAAGGAUUCUUUAGUGGUUUUUAUUCAGGUGUACUAUUUACAGUUUUAUCUAGUUCAUUAAAAUCUUUUUGGAACGAAACCCAACAAUAA